ACUUAUCCUUCAAACCAGAUUUUCAUGUGAUUUUCGUAACGAGUUCGUAUAUAUCAUGGAUGAUGUACCGGUCAGUCGCAAGGGAACUAGAAGGGGAGAGCCCGAAACCACAAAGGGAUAUAUCUGUUUGAUCAUCAAGUUGACCAUUUUAGUGGGAAUCUGGAUCGUUUUCACUUGCGUCCUGCUUACAUAUGAUACGAAUCAGCUCAAUGAAUCUUUGGUGACCGUGAUGCCCAAUCAGACGACUUUCAAGAGCUUGAAAUUGGAACAGGACACCGUUAAGAUAUUUCUGCGCGGAGCCAUUAACAAAUAUCUUACGAAGCAUCUGAUUAAAGCUAGUAAUUUUUCCGCAGUGGCUGUUCGUUUGGAAUGGUGGGAUUUUCAUCUUAAUCGAAGUUACUUGCGCACACACAGGUGGAAUGUAUAUCUAACGAGGGAUAUUAGAAAGUACCGACAGGUUAAAAAGAUCUUCCAUUUUUCUCUAUCGGGAAAGUAUGAGAUAAGGGCGCUGGAAAAUUCAAUGGGCCACACUGGAGCUCAUGAUUGGGGCUUUGCCAAAACGGUGAUUUCGUUUGAGAGCAUGAGUGAUUAUCCAGUAGGUCUGCAUAUGACAGUGGACACCCGGCCAAUGACUGCAAAAUAUGUCAAUUUGUACGCCGCCUUUCUGGUAAUUGGGUUCUAUGUGGUUAUUGUUUGGGAACUGGCGGAUCGCACUUUGUGUACGCUUCUUGUAGCCAGUGCCGGACUGGCCCUCCUAGCGGUUUUGGGAAAUAAACCUACCUUUGCAACGAUAAGUUCCUGGAUAGGCUGGGAGUCAAUGAUGCUGCUCCUCGGCAAUAUGAUCAUGAUGAGUCUGAUGGCGGAGACAGGGUUUUUCGACUACCUGGCCGUGGUGGCCUAUCGAAUUUCCAAGGGCAAUCCCUGGUUUUUAAUCGCCCUUUUGGGCGUGGUGGUUGGCCUGACCUCGGCUUUUCUGGAUAAUGCCACUGUGGUACUAUUUUUUAGUCCACCAGUCAUCAGGCUAUGCGAAGCCAUGUCAUUAAGAACCACAUUGGUUUUAAUCAUCCUAGCAUUGUAUGCCAAUGUGGGCGGAUCUGUGACCCCAGUGGGUGGAGCACCCAAUGCAAUUAUAGCCACCAAUAAGGAGGUGGCCAAAAUGUCUUUCAUACGCUUCUCGAUUCAAAUGCUCCCCGCUGCCGUAGUCUGCAUGAUCACCAUUUUCGCCUUGGUCUACCUGUUCCUAGGCAAUCGCAUCUUUAUUUUGGACGACAAUCAAUUGGAGUUGACCGAGAAAAGGCGGGAGGAGAUGAGACCCUCAUUCGAUAUACAGCUGAGAAUUGCUGAACUGAGAAGGAGGCAGUCGGCCAGAAGUUUCGUCAGACCAGUACCAAACUAUUUUGAGACACUGGCCCAUCUAGAGGCAAAUCACAAGAUACGCAAGAAAAUGCUGCUGGUUCAAUCGCUAUUAGCCCUCUUCUUUGCCGUCUCCUGUUUCAUACUGCAAUCGGUGCCGUGGGCCAUUCCCGGUGCCUCCUUGGGUUGGAUAUCCAUUCUGGCCGCCUUUCUGCUGCUCAUUCUGGCCGAUAAGAAGGAUCUCACCGAAACUCUAGCCAGACUCGAGUGGCAUACUAUGCUGUACCUGGCCUCACUAUUCGUCCUUACCGAGGUGGUCUACAGCCUGGGCUUUAUCCAUUGGUUGGGAAAGCAGGCCGUCACCGCCAUCAUACAAGUGGAUGAACAGCAUCAGAAUAUGGUGGGCAUGCUUUUGGUCCUCUGGCUAUCGGCCAUAAUGUCCGCCUUUAUCGACAAUGCCGCAGUGGCCGCCAUAAUGGUGAAGCUCUGCAUCGACUUGGCCUACCACGAAAAGGUGGCUGUAACCCUGUUGCCUCUAAUUUGGGCCAGCACCUUUGGCACCUGCUACGGAGCCAGUGGUUCACUGCUGGGCUCCAUGGCCAAUGAAUUCGUGGCGGUUAUUGGCAGCCAGUAUGGCUACCAGAUCACCUUCAAGUCAUUCUUUGUGGUCGGAUUUCCCAUCAUGCUCACCACCGUUGUCAUCUGCUCAAUUUUUCUAAUCAUGGCAAAUUCAAUUUUUGCUUGGCACUAGAACUGUAUUAUUAAUUUCACCUUUU